AUGCUCACAAAGUUCGAGUCUAAAAGCAACCGCGUUAAAGGUGUUGCUUUUCAUCCCAAGCGUCCUUGGAUUUUAGCUUCUCUUCACAACGGUUGCAUUCAGCUGUGGGAUUACCGUAUGGGCACAUUGCUCGAACGUUUCGAAGAGCAUGAUGGACCUGUAAGAGGCAUCUCUUUCCACCCUACUCAGCCUCUGUUCGUCUCUGGUGGUGAUGAUUACAAGAUCAAAGUAUGGAACUACAAAACUCGUCGCUGUCUCUUCACCUUGAACGGCCAUUUGGAUUAUGUGCGUACUGUGUUUUUCCACAAUGAAUUGCCUUGGAUUAUUUCAGCCUCUGAUGAUCAAACGAUUCGUAUUUGGAACUGGCAAUCGAGAGCUUGUAUUGCCAUCUUGACAGGCCAUAAUCACUAUGUCAUGUGCGCUCAGUUCCAUCCCAAGACUGACUUGAUUGUCUCUGCUUCUAUGGAUCAAACUGUCCGUGUAUGGGAUAUCACUGGCUUGCGCAAAAAGUCUCAAGCUCCUAGUGCCAUGACAAUGGAUGAUAUGGGAAGACCUGGACCUGGUGGCGAUAUGUUUGGCACAACUGAUGUGAUGGUCAAGUAUGUGUUGGAGGGUCAUGAUCAUGGUGUGAAUUGGGCUUCUUUCCAUCCCACGCUUCCAUUGAUCAUCUCUGCUGGUGAUGAUCGUCAAGUCAAGCUCUGGAGAAUGAAUGACACCAAGGCUUGGGAAGUGGAUAGUUGUCGUGGUCAUUACAACAAUGUCUCUAGCGCUAUUUUCCAUCCUCGCCAAGAUCUCAUCUUAUCUGACAGUGAAGACAAGACCAUUCGUGUGUGGGAUUUGACCAAGCGAACUGCUGUCGCCACGUUUAGAAGAGAUCACGAUCGUUUCUGGGUCUUGACAUCGCAUCCUGAACUCAAUCUGUUUGCUGCUGGUCACGAUAGUGGUUUGAUCGUCUUUAAGCUUGAACGCGAGCGUCCUGCUUUCCAGGUCCACAGCAAUGAGCUUUAUUAUAUCAAGCACAGUGUUUUGCAUAUCCAUGAUUUCCCUAGCACGGCUGACCAAGAGGUCAUGUCUGUUCGCAAACUAGGCUCCCAAUUUGUUGCGCCUCGCACCCUAUCCUACAAUCCUGCUGAAAGAGCUAUUUUGCUGACAUCGCCUUAUGAAGGUGGAUCUUAUGAGCUGUAUCGUCUUCCCAAGAACUUGGGCGGUACCCUGCAAGAACCUUCUGAUGAGUCCAUGAAAGGUGUUGGCCAUGCUGCUCUCUUUAUUGCUCGUAACCGUUUUGCCGUCUUUGACAAGACCAACCAAGUCAUUCAAAUCCGUGAUCUCCAAAACAAAGAAACCAAGUCUUUCAAGACGCCUGGUCAAGUUACUGACAUUUACUAUGCUGGCCCUGGCUCCCUCUUGAUGGCCACGCCUACCUCUGUCAUCCUCUUUGACAUUCAACAACGCCGUGUCAUUGCUGAAUUGACUGUCUCCAACGUCAAGUACAUUGUGUGGUCUACUGACAUGUCCAUGCUUGCUCUCUUGAGUAAGCACACUAUCACCAUUGCCACCAAGGACUUGAAGCAGACCAGUCAAAUCCACGAAACAAUCCGUAUCAAGAGUGCUACCUGGGACGAUUCUGGUGUCUUGAUCUACUGCACCUUGAACCACAUCAAGUACGCCUUGCCUCAAGGUGAUAAUGGCAUUGUGCGCACCUUGGAUCAACCCAUCUACUUGACUCGCAUCAAGGGAAAGAAGCUCUAUGCUCUGGAUCGUGAUGGUAAAGUCCGUGAAAUUGUCAUUGAUCCCACUGAAUACCGUUUCAAGUUGGCUCUUGUCAAGAAGCAAUAUGAGGAAGUCCUCCACAUCAUCCGUACCUCCAACUUGGUGGGUCAAUCUAUCAUUGCCUAUCUCCAAAAGAAGGGUUAUCCUGAAAUUGCCUUGCACUUUGUCAGAGACGACAAGACUCGCUUCGAACUCGCUCUUGAAUGUGGUAAUUUGGAUGUCGCUCUCGAGACUGCAAAGUCGAUGAAUAAGCCUGACUACUGGUCUAAGCUCGGUGCUGAAGCUUUGCGCCACGGUAACUACAAGAUUGUCGAACUCUCUUACCAACGCACCAAGAAGAUGGACAAGCUCUCGUUCUUGUAUCUCUUGGAAGGCAAUGAAACCAACUUGCGCAAGAUGCUCGAAAUUUCUCAGCUCCAAAAGGACCCCUUAAUGCGUUUCCAGAAUGCUGUCUAUCUUGGCGAUGUCGAAGAACGUAUUCGCUUGUUGCAAGACGUGGGUCAACUGCCUUUAGCUUACAUGACUGCAAAGACACAUGGUUUGACUGAACAAGCCGAAGCUAUCUUGGCUGCUGCUGGUAAAACGGAGGCCGACAUUGAAUUGCCUGAAAUGCCUGAUCAAUUACCCUCACCUCCCAAACCUGUCACUCAACUGGAAGAUCCCAACUGGCCCUUGUUGACCGUGUCCAAGAGUUUCUUUGAAGGUGCCUUUGUGCAACAACAACAACAACAACAAUCACAAAAGCCUGGUGCUCCUAUCAGCGCUCCUAGUUUCAACUAUGACGAUCAAAUCGACAACAUUGAAGAAGCUGGUGGUGAUUGGGGAGAUGAUGACGAUCUCGGUAUUGCCUCUUCUUCCAAGCCUGCUUUGGAUAAUGAUCUAUUGGGUACACCCAACGACAAUGAAUUUGAGGAUGAUGGCUUGAACGGCGAUGGUGGUUGGGAUGACGAUGAUGAUAUCAAGGCUGAAUUGGACGCUGAAAUGGGCCAUGUCGCUGCCAAGGAAACUGCUGAAUUCGUUGCUCCUGCAGAAGGCGUUAAUGAAAACGCUGUGUGGGCUCAGAAUUCGGGUAUCGCUGCUGAUCACAUUGCUGCUGGCUCAUUUGAAACUGCCAUGCAAAUCCUCAAUCGUCAAAAGGGCAUCGUCAAAUUUGAACCUCUCAAGUCUCACUUCUUGGCCAUCUACCAAGCUGCUCAUGUCUCUGUCGCUGGUGUUGCUAGCACCCCUAGCGUCACUUACAACUUGCGUCGUAAUCCUGAAGCCUCAAAUCCUCGCAGCACAUUGCCUGUGGCUGUUUACAAUUUCCAAACCAUCGUCACUACACAACUUCAAAUGGCUUACCGUCUCUUUACCUCUGGUAAAUUGGUUGCAGCUGCUCAACACUUUAAAUUACUAUUGCACUCUGUCCUGUUCACAGUGACAGCCAACGAUGGUGAAGCAAAUGAGUUGGUUCAGUUGGUCGAUAUCUGCCGUGAGUACCUCCUGGGCUUGUCAAUGGAACAAAAGCGUAGAUCAAUUACUGGCCAAACACCCGAAGAUAUGAAGCGUGCUCUUGAAUUGGCUGCUUACUUUGCACACUGUCAGUUGCAAACGCCACACAUGCAGCUGGCUUUACGUCAAGCUACGAAGCAAGCCUUUAGAGCAAAGAAUUUCAGCACAGCAUCACAAUUUGCUUCAAGACUACUUGAACUUGCUCCACCUAGAACUGUUGCUGAUGAGGCUCGCAAGAUCCAGUCUGUUUGUGAGCGCACUUUACAUGACGAACUCGCUUUUGACUAUGAUCAAUACAACCCCUUCGACGUUUGUGCGGCAAGUUUUGAGCCGAUUUAUCGUGGUUCUCCCAAGGUAGAAUGUUGUUACUGUAAGGCUUCUUAUAAGCCAGAGUUUGAAGGAAAAGCUUGUAACAUUUGCGAGGUUGCAAAGAUUGGUGGAAACUAA